CCCUCUAUGGUUUGGUUUGGUUUCGUUCAGGGCUUUCGUCACUGAAAUGGAAUUUUCGCUCCAUUUUUCUCUCUCUCAAUAGAGAAGGAAGGUGCUGCUUUUUGUUGCAGGAGAGAGAAGGGGUAUUUCAGCAGAGAAAGAGGAACGCAGUCGCCAUGGAUAUACCUUCUAAGAGAAAAGCGAAGACAAGGAAGCGAAAAGUUAACCAAGAGUCCGAAACUACUUAUGUUGAUACCCUUCAAUGGAGUAGCUCUCUCCCUGACGAUGACCUUUUCUCUUUCCUUGUCGGGAGCAAUGAAGGAGGUUUUCUCUCCCUAGAAGAGUUAGAUGAAUCUGCGUUUGAUUUCAGUCAAGCAAAACUGAAGAAGGAAGGGACCUUUGUUCCUGUAUCAGAUGAACUUCGCUCUGAUAUAAUGGAAAGUACAGGAGAUAUAUCAAGUGAGAAAAAGGUGAAGAAGAAGAAGAAGAAAAAUUCAAAAAAGAGUAAGAGCGAGAAUGAGGUAGGGACCUUUGUUCCUGUAUCAGAUGAACUUCACUAUGAUAUAAUGGCAAGUACAGGAGAGAUAUCAAGUAAGCAAAAGGUGAAGAAGAAGAAGAAAAAGAAGAAAAAUUCAAACAAGAGUAAGAUCAAGAAUGUAGAAGAGACUGUAUCCACAAAAGAAACUGUAUCAGAGUUUGAUCAGAAAGAUACCCCCCUUGCAUCUAUAAUCGAGGGGGAAAGUAAUGGUCAAUUCAAUAACCUUGGUAAUGAAACUCUAGACUUGGAUGAUGAGUUUUCUGCAUGGAAUGAGCUGAGGCUUCACCCUUUGUUGUUGAAAACUAUUCACAGACUGGAAUUCAAGGAACCCACACCCAUACAAAGGGCUUGCAUUCCAGCUGCUGCUCACCAGGGAAAGGAUGUCAUUGGUGCUGCAGAGACUGGAUCUGGAAAAACGCUUGCUUUUGGGCUGCCAAUUUUUCAACGCCUACUUGAGGAACAAGAGAAAGCUGCACGUUAUUCAAAUAAGGGAGAAGAUGGUGGGGAAAAGGGAGUUUGUGAAAAAUGUUUACGGGCGCUUAUUGUGACUCCUACAAGGGAGCUUGCACUUCAGGUCUCUGAUCAUCUGAAAGCUUUUAGUAAGCUCACCAAUAUACUGGUGGUUCCUAUUUUUGGUGGAAUGUCUGCAGAGAAGCAGGAGAGACUUCUAAAGAGAAGGCCAGAGGUUAUUGUUGGAACUCCUGGGAGGCUAUGGGAACUUAUGUCAGGAGGAGAUGUGCAUCUCACUGAGUUACAAUUGCUCUCUUUUUUUGUACUGGAUGAAGCUGAUAGGAUGAUAGAGAAUGGCCAUUUUCAUGAGUUGCAAUCCAUUAUUGACAUGCUACCUUUGGUCGGCGACCAAUCUGGAGGAGAACCUGCCCCCAGUCCCUCUUCAGGAGAUAAUAAACUGCACAGCAUAAAAAAGAAUGAUAAUUGUUUGACGGUUGCAAAAAUGCAGAAAAAGAAAAGGCAAACCUUUGUAUUUUCUGCAACUAUAGCAUUAUCUGCAAACUUCCGGAAAAAGCUAAAGCGAGGUGCAAAUCUGAGAUCUGCAAGUAAUGAUGGGUUGAGUUCUUUUGAAAACCUUUCUCAGAGAGCGGGAAUGAGAGCAGAUGCAGCUAUUAUUGAUUUGACUACUUCUUCGAUUGUGGCUUAUAAACUUGAGGAGUCAGUUAUAGAGUGCAGGGAAGAAGACAAAGAUUCAUACUUGUACUAUCUUCUUAGUGUUCAUGGAUUUGGUCGCACUAUUGUUUUCUGCACAUCAAUUGCAGCCUUACGCCGUAUAUCAUCCCUUUUGCGUAUCGUUGGUGUCAAUGCUUGGACUCUUCAUGCUCAAAUGCAACAAAGAGCUCGCUUGAAGGCCAUGGAUCAUUUUCGUUCUAGCGAUCAUGGUGUUCUUGCUGCUACUGAUGUUGCAGCUAGAGGACUUGAUAUCCCUGGCAUCCGAACAGUUAUUCACUAUCAAUUACCACAUUCAGCAGAGGUUUACAUUCACAGGAGUGGACGAACAGCUCGGGCUUCUAGUGAUGGGUGUAGCAUUGCACUUAUUUCACCGUCUGACCGAUCAAAGUUUGCCUCUCUGUGUAAAUCAUUUUCAAAGGAGUGUCUUCGUCGGUUUCCCUUAGAUAGCUCCUACAUGCCUGAGAUUGCAAAGAGGAUGUCUCUUGCACGGCAAAUUGAUAAGAUAACACGCUCUGACUCCCAGACAAAGGCACAGAAAAACUGGUUUGUGCGUAAUGCUGCAUCUGUGGAAAUGGAUCUAGAGGACAGUGGAAGUGAGGAAGAAAAAGUACAAAUAUCUAAACAAAAGAAGAUCAAUACCUUUCAAUUGAAACAAUUGGAGCAGGAAUUGAAUGUGCUUCUAACUCGCCCCCUACAACCAACGACAUUUUCACGCCGCUUUGUGGCAGGGGCUGGUAUGUCUCCCCUCCUUCAGCAACAGUUGAAAGAAAUGACUGCUAAGAAACAAAGUAUGGGGAAACAAAAAAAUAAUAACACCAAAGAGAGCAAGAGACCCAGGCUUGUGGUAAUCGGUCAGAACUGCAUAGAACCCCUUCAGGCACUUCGAAGGCAUGAUACAUGACCUAGUGGUGGUCUCUUUUCUGCUGACAGUUGUAGUAAUGUAAUUUGCAUUUUUUUAGUUCAAACCCUGGCUUAGUUGGAAGGUAAUUGGAACUGGAACCUUGAGAUUUUGUUGUACCAAUAAAAAAAGAGAAGCAUUUCUUUUGCUUCGGGCUUGACAGGUGCCCAUCAGCUUGUGUUGGGUCAUAAGUUGUUAGUGAUGUAUUUGAGUUCCA